AUGGACAUGAUCGGCCAACGACUGUACACUGGCAGGACUGGCUGGGACAUAGCACCAAGCUUCCCCACUUGGCACCCUCGCCACCCAUUGCACGUCAUUGCAAUGUCCACCCUGGUCUUUGCCCGCACGCUCUACAAGUCCGCGAGAGAAUAUGCGGACAACAAGAU